AUGUCUGUUCCUGCUCCAGCUGAUACAAUGACAUAUCACAAGGAGAUGUCACCUCCUCCUCAUGAAGGACAACAACAUACAAAUGUUUGUGUAUGGUGUCAAAGCUCCUUACAUAACAGGCGUGCUCACGCCCUUCCAGAGGGCCCUGAAAGACGCCUAAUCUCUGAGAGAAUUUCACCACAAAAGAUACUGGAUGGUAGCCUAGUAUGUUAUACAUGUUGGGUUCGAGCAAGAAGCAUUCUGCAGCGACAGUGUGAAGUAAUUAGUGAAGAAACUGCUUCCUCAGCAAUUUUGAAUAGUUGUGUAUGGUGCCUUUGCUCUCUGAACCGAAGACGAAGACACUCAAUACCAGAAGGACCUGAGCGGAAUGAAAUUAUCACACGAAUUUAUCCCAGAGAGAUUCCACCAGGUGGACUUGUAUGUUAUGCAUGCUGGGUCUCUGCACGUAGAAAUGUGAAAAGAGGUGCAAAUAUUGAUAAGAGGCGUGAAGACCAAAAACACAAUCAUCGUAAUGUUGUUUGUGCAUCAUGUGGAAUAUCAUUAUUCCGAAGGCAAACACAUUCUUUACCCAGUGGACCUGAAAGAGAUGAAGUGGCAGCAAGAAUUUAUCCCCGAGAGUUACCUGGUCAUGCCCUUGUCUGCAUAACCUGCUGGACGCAAACAAUUGAAAAUGUACAGGUUCAGCAAGUAAAUGAGCAACUGCCGCAACCAAGAAUGGAAACAAUACAACUUGAUCAGUUCACCCACACAACCAGCUCUAGCAGAAAUUGUUUUGUACCUCUAUGUACACAUUCUGAAAGGUUGCGUGUGCCACGUUGUCUUCGUAAACUAAUCCUCACUUCUCAAAAAGUAUUUGUCACCGAGAAUGCAAGAAUUUGUAAUGAACACAAAUCAUUACAUAAUUGGGAGUUUUUAGAUCAGCAUGAAUUUUCCAAUACUUUUACCAAAAAUGAGAUGGAGUCAAUGCUGAAUCUGGCAAUUGAUGUCCAGGAAAUUAAUUAA